AUGUUGACGCAUAAACACAAGGAAGUGGCAAAGAUUCAUAAAAAUUUCAGGGAAAACGUAGACUACGAGCAGUUACUCCUUUUCGGCGAGGUCCGUAGCGCUAGCCAAAAAAAAUCAGUGUUAAAAAUAUUGAUGUUAAGGCCUAUUUACACGAUACGACUUUGUCGCAUGCGACGAGCUUACGACAGGCCUACGACAUGACUUAGGACAAUUUACACGCGCACGACAUUUUCACCUACGACAUGCCAAAAUCGCGUACAAUUCCACUCGUUUCGGCCGCGGUCAUUGUUUCAAUAAUUUGCAAGAGAAGGAAAAGAACCUCUUCCUCGCUCCACAGUGAUAUCAUAUUCUCUGUUUCCUCAUCUGAGAAUGUAUUUUUCGCUUUGGAAGCAGUCUUCGACUUUUCGGAGGCGACUUCCUCCGCCAUUUUGACGCAAGAAAAUUUCACCUUCCUCCCCUACUCAGUAGAAAUUUGUCACAAAAUACGUCAUUUUCUAUCAAUUUCGGCUACGAUUGUCGCAGCGUUUUAAAACAUGUUUUAAAAUCCUACGACAUUUUUCGUGACGUGCACGACAGUCGUAAGCGAGUGGUAGGUUUGAUUUACACGAUACAAUUCGUGUCGUAGGCCUGUCGUAAGCUUGUCGCAUGCGACAAAGUCGUACCGUGUAAAUAGGCCUUUAGCGAGCUACGGGGAGCUCUUGGAGUGACGUUGAUGAACCGCGAGACUCAUUGAGCGAGGCAAUCAAGAAGGGAAAAAUUAAUGUUCAGUGUUUUGUGGGAUGUAAGCAAAAAUUAAUAAACGAGCCAUAUUUCACUGAGUGUCUUUUGAAAUGCUUCUUUUUGUUACUUUUUGAAACAGAUAUUGAGUCUCCCAUCAAAUGAAACUAUCAACUUACCACCAGAAUCACCAGGUAAGUCACCAUCUCCUUUUUUUGUUUUGUUGUUGUUGUUAAUGUUGUUGCUUUUAGUUUGAAAUUGUGAUCGUUUCCCUUUUAGGUAAUUUGCUCCUGGGUUGUUAUGAAGAGCAAAACAUUGAGUCGAACUUACAGAGACUCGAUUCACCAACACCCUCGCCCUAUAAGUGUAUCGAGACGUGCGCGCAUGCAAAAUUUCCGCUGGCUGCAGUGCUCAAGGUCACGGAGUGUCACUGUGCAAACGACAGUGUUCUUCCAAUGAUCAUGAAGUAUCCUUGUAGCUCACCUGCCGCAGCGAGAAACUAUCUACUUUACAAUACCAGCUGCCUUUCUACAGUAUCCGUUGAACUGUAUCAGGGAUUAACGUUCACAGCAUUUCCAUCCAAGAUAACGCCAUCAAUCUCCUCUCCUGUCACUCAAUCAAGUGUGACAGCAGCGCAUUCACUGUCAAAAUCACUGCUUUAUCUCAUUGAUUUUGGAGAUGGUACGAGUAACAAAACUUGGCUAGAGGGAUCAACCCUGAGACACCAUUACAUCACUCCCGGCGAAUUCAACAUCACUUUCGUGGCUUCUCGUGGUAACUCGACAGUCUUCAUGUUGUCACGCAAGAUCCGGGUGUCCUUCCUUCGAGUAUCUAGUACCUGGUGUCCGGACGUAGAACCACUCACUGAUUUCUAUUGUAAGGCAUAUAAAUUCGGUGGAAGCGGCGUUACCGCAUUGAUGUCACUGGGCAACUUAAAUCAAACUGUAUCAAUUUCAAUCCCAGGUAUGACUCGUAAUGGUUUACAUGACAAAAUACACUUAAAAACACGAAACACAACUUAGCAGCCUAAAUACCCGGGUGUGGGACCAAAUAUCAGUGGCAAACAUAGCAAUUCGAGGUAACUGAUUGAUUUUCCUCAAAUAUUGCAUAGCCUCAUAUACUAAAUUUCCAAAAGCUGAGACAAACUUUGAAAGUCAUGUGGGUUCUAUGAGCGGAACAUUAUUUAAAGGAAAAAAAAACAAGAAAACGUUAGUCAUGAAUAGACAAGUUUAAUUUUAUUACUAAUAUGGUAAAUUACCAUUUGCUGGUUUUCUUCUAGACGUGCCACCAGUAAUUUUAGGACAUACGGGACCUUCCCUGACCAACCAAUCGGAUGCCAAGAAAAGAGAAGCUGGCCUGUAUUUAUUCCCAUCUCUUCAUUUUCUAUCGAACAUAGAAGUAGAGGCUUGGGAGGUACAUGCUGAGCAGCCUGGUCUCAUCCAUUUACAGGUUAGCUCUCGAUCAGUUAAGUAAGUGCUUUUUAGUUUAAAAGCUCUUACUUGUUAAGUUGUUUCUAUCGGCUUGUUUUGUUGCACUUGUCAUUUUUUUCAAUGCACAUUUCACCGCAAUCCUCAACGGUUACUUCUUUACUUAGAUUUACAGGGCGGCAUUGAACCUUACGGGCUGUUCAUGGUACCGACGAACUCAAUCAUCCUGCGGGAAAUGGGCCCCAACUAGCGAUCACUGCAAUACGGUGUGCAUCGAUGUACAUUACUGGCAGUAUAGAUCCAUCAUGCCUUGCAGGCAAAGACGUAGCAGUUAUAUUAAAGUGUACAGUGUGAAAGCCAAUCUUACGGUGGGUUAUAACUUGAUUGUUAUACCAAAGGAACAAAGGUUUACUGCACGGGUAGGAGACAUUGUGGGCUUCUACAGAAAUUUGUCAGGAGCUGUGCUGCGACGAAUUGCCGCUGAGCAAGAUGAAAGUGUUUAUUUUAUUCCAGCGCGGAAUAUGUCUAAUGUUUCCAUACAUCUUUCAGGAGCCCAGCCUAUGAAGCUAUCUUUUGAUAUAAAAUUGCACGGCUCACUUGGCGUGGGAGUUUCGAUCGUUUUUUCAUGUUUAGAAAAGGCUGGACUCUAUCCUCUAAUAACGACUUUUACCAACGCUAUCAGCUCCCAUAGAGUGAUAACGUUCCGAUCUUCAAUUACGGUUCAAAACCCAGUGGCACCUUUGCGCCUGUUAUAUGAAGAGUUCAUUGAAGUAAAUACCACGAAAAACAUUACCGCGACGGUGGAAGAAGGCACAAAUGUAACGUGUGAAUGGUACAUUCCUAACUCAAGUUUGACGGUACAUCAGUCUCCUUAUCUUAAAAACAACAAAACCACCGAGGGAGGAGUUUUCCAGUACAUUGCUUUGUACAGCUAUCUUGGAUAUGUUUACGUAAAAGUGACUGCAUCUAAUCUUGUCUCUCAAAAGAGUGAAGAUAUCAUUCUUUCUGUGCGUCAGCCGAUAAAAGGUUUGAGAGCGAGCUUGUGUCAUGCUGCGUUUGCGUUUGAAAAAGCGGAAACGUGUUUUGUUUCCGACGCGACGCAAGGUACUGAAGUCGGAUGCACGUGGGAAUUUGGGCCAGAUGAUUACACCGCGAGGGAGAUGGGUAAAACUGUCAGUCGUGUAUUCACGUCAGAAAGCCAAACGAAUUUUACUCUGCACUGCUAUAAUAAGAUCUCACGGUCGUCUGUCCCUCACUCUAUUCAAGUUGUUCCAAAUCCAUUGUCCAUUAACGCCCCUAUGAACGUCCAAGCUGGUGUUCCCGUGAAAAUAACUUGUCAAGUGAAUUGGCCCGGGGGGAUACCAGCCUUAUUCUUUGAGCAACAGGGGGUGAAGGGGAUGAGGGGAAGUGACAUUGUGGCAGAUCCUCUGUUAACACUGAUGGCGUCUGGGUACAGCAACAGCAGCAAAGGCAAUGUGACAAUGUUUCAAAGUUUUAGCAGAGCUCCAUACAGACGACACAAAAUAACGUGCAAAUCUGUUGAUUAUCCUGACUUGAACAUUGAUCACGAAUUGAAGGCAAUUUACAGUGUAAAAGGAAUAAACAUCUCUUCGGACUGUGCUUUACAAGCCGAGAUCGGAACGAAAUGCGUAUUUUACGUUCAACUCUUUCGCGGUGAUUUUCCGGUAUUUACUUGGAAAAUCCGAGAAUCUGACAAUUAUUCAACUGUCUCUGUCUAUAAAGGAAAGAAAAUCACCCAUCGCUUUGUCAACACAGGAAUCGCAAACAUUACCGUUAACGCGAGUAAUGAUGUGUCCUUCCGCACAAAAACAGUCCAAGUCUUUGUGUAUCCAACCCACACGCACAGUACAACUGUGACUGAGUCGCCCCCUCUUCCUGUCUAUCAGUCGUCCACACUUUCAACAACCACAUCACUUUUACUUCCGAGCUUUAACAGCGUUAUUUCUUCGUAUUCAACCUACAGUGCAGAGGCAGUCACGUCCAUAAGACCUAGUGUUACCGUUUAUAAAUCUUCAUCGGUAGACCGACAUCAGGUGACUUCGCUAGAGGAUGUCACACUUCGUCACGCUUCUGUCGGUUUGGUUGGUCAGGCAAUCGUCUUCUCUGUAGAACAUUUUACAAAUCCUCAUCUUUUACACUUUAUGUGGAACUGGGGUGAUCGAUCAAGCUCAGAAAAAGCUGGAUCUACUUUAUCGCACACCUUUCAUCAUCCGGGACAAUACUUCAUCACAGUGAAUAUUACCUCUGCGGUUGAUCAUGUGGUGUUAGCUGGUCACGUGAGCAUCCAGCAUCGCCUUAGUGAUUUGCGUAUCAGACACUUAGCUGUGAUGUCAUCCAACCUCUUGCUUUUGGAAUUUGAAAUUCUGCAAGGAGACAACGUCACAUACUCGCUUGAAUAUGGCGAUGAUAGCGGUGAGAAAGUCAUACAUGCUAUGAAUUCAUGGAAUUUUCCUCAACAGGUUUCAAACAUCGCCCAAGCGAGCUCGAAAUUACUUCAUUGUUAUUCUCUGAAAAGGUUACGUCUCAAACUGAAAUUCAUCUUAAAAACGCUCAUUGGCAAGUAUGAACGUUAUCGCCCUAGAAAAGCUAUUACCAUCAUAAUAAGGAGAGCUUUAUAUCACCAGGAUAUGCCAAUAAAUUUAAAAAAACCGAGAGUUCAAAGCAAGUUUUAUGAUUUGAUAACCUAGCCGGGCUUUAAACUUUGACCUCUUACAUACUCUUUUCUGCAUUCGCAAAACACCUCGCCUGGCAGUUUGGUUCAACGUGGAGAAGGAAGAGACACUCACGUUCACACCUUUUAAGGAUGAUAACACAUAAACAAUUUAUCAUUUUAUAACUUAAAAAUUGUUAUCUUUACUGAUGUAAGAAAUGAUCAAUAUUCUGUUAAAAGAAACUUAGUCACACCAGAUUUGUACUAACAAAUACUAUAUGUUUUCUUCCAGAGAAGCAAGUGGGAUUUUUACGAACGUUACCCAAUUUUGUGACAGUAACUCACCAGUACAAUGAGCGUGGCAUCUAUCGUUUGUCCAUUACAGCCAACAGUGCUGUCGGCCCUAGUAUUUCAGUGCAGCAGUCGGUUUACAUCAGUGAACUACCGUGUAUCAUACAUGAACUACGCAUGCUUGGUGCUGGAGAUAACAGCAGUCACUGUCCUGAGAUUGAACAAGAGUACGCGUAUUCACUUUACUCUUCUCUGAAAAUAAACUGCUCGAAAUACGAAGAACUAGAAUAUACGUGGAAGAUAGACAAUAUAUUUAACGAUACCGUCACCAGGGUUGUCCCGUUAUCGAGGGAAGUUCUGUCUUCGAGCGCACUCUUUCUCGAAUCGCAAUCACUCAGUAAUGGUCUUUACAAAUUUAUCCUGUCAGUAACUGCAAAGCCUCAUGGGAUAUCGAAAUCUGUAAUUGGAUUUCUACGCGUGCGCAUGCCGAAACUGCUGGCUGUCAUAGACUGUGGGAGCAAAAGAGUUAUGCCUUGGAAUCAAGACAUAAUUUUGAAUGCUUCGUCGUCACGUGACCCAAAUGAGUUGUGCGACAGCCAAGGCAGAAGUGCUUUGUCAUUUGAGUGGUUUUGUGACACCAAUCGUAAUGUCUCUUGUUUUAAUGGAUCAAUUGAUAACAGAGGGCCCGCUUUGGUGUUUCCACCGAAGUACCUUGAUCUCAAUAGAAAAUAUAGGUUUGUUGUUGUAGUAACCAAAGGAUCCAGAAAGGCUGAGGCAACACAAAGCAUAGAGGUUAUGUCGGGCAAUUUCCUUCCACUUUGCGUCAGGUCGGUGGCAAGUUGUCAUGUGCUAAUCAUAUUAAACUUAAUCAGAAAAGCAAUGGGCUUGAAUUGAUAUAAUGCUUUAGUUUGUGCAUGUUCAACUAGCUGAUCUUUCUAUUCGCAACACUGUAAGACAACCGAUUAGAAGUACUUAAUCGUUAGCAUUAAUCGUUAAAGGGCUUCAUUCUUAAUCGAUUCAAUCCAUGAUUCCGAGGCUGGUUCAAAGUCGUGUGCACCAGAAAAAACCAUGAACUGCAUAAAUAAUGACGCCAGUUAAGAUCCCAGUGCGAUCCUGGGUGAGUUAAAAUCUCAGACAAGAUUUCAAAAUGUUGCUUAUUGUAAAAUCCUUUCAGAAAACUUUUAGACUGUUCAGGGACGGCGGAUUUAAGGAAGAGGGGACUUUUUCUCUCUUUCCCCACUUUUUACGAGGACGGCAUUUUAUUUUGUUUUGGUAUAAGUUACAUAUGAAGUAUAAAAAGGAAAAAAAACAGUCCCCCACAGAUUAUUCCCCGAGAUCACGAUAAAAUUUUUAGGGGAUGGAUGGCCCCAGACACCCCCGACAAACUCGUGCCCCCUGCAUUUGUUUUCAGGCCCCCCGAAUUGAAAAUUUACUUUGCCGUCCCUGCUGUUAUGUACAUUCUGCCUUUCCAUAAAGCAGAUUUCCCUCCCACUAGCGUCCAAGUUUGGCUUAAUUCUUCAUAAUAAUCUGACAAAACUCUUUACUCUCCUUACUGCUUCUUUUUCAUGCAGAUGCAAGGAAAAUUGCGCACACAAGUUAGCGCCCUCCAAAGAAUUGGUCCUUGAUGGUGUUGGUUGUCAAGACGAUACGAACACAGCCUGCAUUUGGGAACUUUACGGACCUCCCCCAGCAACUGGACGGAUUUCAAAACGUUCUGUAGGUGAACAGUUAAUCAGCAUUUCUUACGCAAAACAGUUCCAGCUGGAUCCGAAAAACUUGAUUCCGAACAGGAUUUACACAAUACUCUUCAACAACGACAACAGCGGCUUCUCGGCGCAGUAUUCGGUAAUAACCGACAUGUUUCCGACUAAUGGAUCUUGUUUCGUGUCGCCUUCGGAAGGCCAAGUAAUCGAGACACAGUUUAUCAUCAGUUGCGCGGGUUGGAGGGACGAAGACAGCCCUCUUCGGUACGAGUUUUUCCUCGGAAAUCCCGAGCAAGGACCGAUGCUGCUGUACUACGGGUGGAUGCCGUAUUCCAACGGAUUGUUCCUACCCCCAGGAUCUAAGGAUAAUAAUCACAACGUGGAUCUGUUCGUGAAAAUUUCAGACGUUCUGGGAUCUUACAGAAUCGUUCCCCUUCAAGUGAAGGUGUGCAGUUAUGUCGACCAUAUAGAAGUGGCUUUUAAAAAGACACUCUGUUACUUUGAAUCAAGAGUCGAAAAUCGUUUAACGUUUCGUUUUUCUACAGGUGACAGGUUUUGGUGCCGAGGCUGAUUCUGUUAGCUCAAUUCUGAAAGGAAUUGUCUGCGGACCUGACUCUAUGCUGGAGAAACUUCUCAAGGUCGGAGAAUUCCAACAAGCGACACAGCUGAUGACGACCGUCGUCACGGUUUUAAACGAGGUUUCUUCUCAAGAGCUAGCCUCUGAUUCUGCCGACAUAAAUGACCGUGUGGAGGUUGGUACUGAAAACCUGUGUACACUCACACAAGCCUUGCACUCGAAUUUAAGCUUGAAUAUGAAUUUUGGAUUCUGCAGUUUACUACUAAAGCAAGUGUGUUCAUUUUGUAUCGUGUCUAUUUAGGUCCGAAGUACAGUGAUCGCUAGACUUUCUCAGACGUGCUGUAGUAGUCCCCAGAGUAUCCGACAAGCUUUAGAUGGAAUCCUUCAAGCCAUUGGAGUAACCGCUGAACUAUCACCUGAAGCUCUGGUGAGAAGCAUUAAUUUAUGUCCGUAUAAGCUUCCUUUUCCGCUCAAACGCUGCCAAAAUUUCCCUUCAAAAAUCAAACCAAGUUAAAAAAGGCUUAACGUAGGAAAGACGCAAAAGGGGUGAGCAGGUAGGGGAAGAAAGCAUUGCCCAGUAACGCCGUUUUUGCGCGUAAGGGAAACCCUAGUCUCGAAUAAACCCCUUCCAUUCAAAUAUAGACUAAGCAACCAAAAAAAACAUCAAAAAACGCUAAACUAACAUUUCAUCCAUGCAGUAUUAAGGAAACCGGGAAAAUUUCUCUUAGUGAUAUAAGUCGGACGUGUAAGCAUACGAUUCCUAUAGCAAACAGAAGUGGUAUAUUUGGCUAACUUAAUUGAACAUUAAAGCUUUAGAAGGCUGUUUUCACUGUCGCAAUCAAGCGUAGCUUCGAUGCAGAUUCUCAAGCAUUAUAAGUUAAAUUUUCAACCUCGCCCUUGAUGGUGCACCUCAUUGCAUUUCUUUGAUAUCAUUUUAAGGAGGAUAGUGCAAUUGUUCUCUCAAACAUGGCAAAAGCAUUGGUUAUUAAAUUCAAGAGCUUCCAAGCAGCAAACGAGACCCGGGAAAUUAUUCGAGGCUUGAGCAUCAUCUUGGAAGCGUCUGUGUCUACAAGCAAUGAAGUAAAACGCCAACAGAAUUCUGGUGAAAUCAAAGACUGGAUUGAUGAUAGCAAUGAGGCAAGGAACAAAGACCACCAAGAAAAGGUAAGGCUUCUCUUAUAUUUUAACACCUUCCCCUUUUAAGUGUUCCCUAAAAAGUGAUCAGAGCUAUUUUCAUUGUACAUGUUGCAUCAGUUUGCUUCAAGGCGCUCUGUGAAUGAUUCCUAACAUUUACGAAAUAUUCACAUGAAAGAAGAACAAAUCUUACAUAAAUCAGGGCUUGGUUAUGAGCGUUUUCCUGCGCUUGAGAUCGGCCACUUGACCUUUUUACCUGUUCUUCCUUUGCAUCUUGAGCGCUUCUUGGUUGAAUGGAGCUAAACCCAAACUAUAGAAGUCAUAAAAGCAAAUCAAACUAAAAGUUGGCAUCAGGAAGAGCUAAUGGGAACUCGAAGCAAAAAUAUUGUGAGCUUGUAAUUUUUUUAAAGGGCACUACCACUUGAGCAAGGUGUUUUUUUAAAAUACUACAAAACAAUCCAGUUAUAGGAUAUUGAAAUUUUUUACUUCAGUGUGAACAAGCCACUAACAAGUCCCUAGAGGGUGUCAAUUAUGCUGCGCAAAAACUAUUGGACUAUCAACGCAAGGGAGAUCCUCCGAGUCACGUGUCCUCAAGCUUGAUGAAAUUGACCCUUACUCGCCAGUCUCCUAGCGACAUAAAUGACGCGGCGCUGAACGGAGGAGAGGUCACUUUUCAAAUUCCGCACGAAGUAAAGAAAGACAGACUUAGUUCUUUCAAUGCAGUCAAUACAAAGGUCAGUUUGAAAACCAUUCAACACGAUUCCUUUGAAAUUAUACAGGUGGUAUAGGUGCACCUUACUUGAAACCAGCAGUUUGAUUAAUGUAUUGGAACAGAGGAGAUCGCGCAAUCUGAACCGGUGAAAACCUCGAGGCUCAGUUAUAACCGAUUUUGAUUUUGCACUUGAAAAGUUUAUUGGAACAUUGAAAUUGUUCUUUGUGGGAUUCAAUUUGUAAGUAAGGUUUCUACAAGGGUGCGGCGGGGGGGGGGGAGGUGGGAAUCAUAGAGUAGAUCUGAUUCUCUUUGGCACGAAAAAGUUAAUGAUAAUUUUGAGCCAAAAUGAACCAACCAAAUGCUAUCAGAUUCUAGUGUGGUUCCGAUGUAAGCCAUUCCUCCCCUUUUUUUUAGCAGUUUCUACCCUCUUCUAUUAAUCACUUUAUCAUUGUAGGUGAUAACCAUGUCCCAGACCCCGUUUAUUUCAAACGACGCCACUCCUAUUGAUACACCAGUGUCAACACUUGAGCUUUUGGAGACUUCUGGAAAGGAAAUCCAAAUCCAGGAUCUAACAGAGCCUGUGUCCAUAUUCCUGUCGCUAAACCAAUCACAGAUUAAAGAUCGUAACAAUAUGAAUGGUAUCAUUGAUCCUGAAGAGAACAUCACGUUCUUCAAGAUCGAUUCCGAUAAUAAAAGCGCACUUUACUUUACAAUAAACUGUUCUGGGGUCACGAGCGGCUACAAACUAAUUAUUACUGGAAGGAGAAACUCGAAGCCUAGCACCGACACCUUUGACUUCCAAUGGAUUAUCGCCUCGUGUAACACCACUUUAAAACGACUCAUAUCGAGAAAGUAUUUAAAUACUUCGGAGAAGCUCUACCUCGGUGUGAAAUUGAAGGCAGAAAGAAAUGAAACAAAUAUCACAGCUGUGACAACUAAGAUAAGAUAUGGCGUAUCUGUAAUGGCCAUCGGCUGUUAUUACUGGAGCGAGAAAAUGCAGGCGUGGACCACAGAUGGUUGUGAGGUAAAUGGGCUGGUGGGAGGGAGGGGACGGGGGUGGUUACCCAACACUUUCAUUAGUUCUAAUCCCUAUCUCUGACGUAGAUGCGGUCAUGACUCACUGGCACACAUUAGUCCCACAUGUAUCUUGUAUUAUUUUGUGUCACGCUAUCACCACGAUGACAUCCUGAUAGCCUGACACAAAUUGCCGAACCAGUUAGUUCGGUUGGGCGACAUUAUCAAGUGUUUUUUUCGCGCAAAAUAGCUUCCAUGAGGAUAUCUCAACACGACACAGCCAUUACUGUUUUAGUAAAUAUGAGAACUGAUAUUGUGGUUGAAGAGAAACUCUUUCCGAGAACAGUCGUUUCAUUCGUUUGCAAUGACUGAUCACACAAAUGUGUUGAUUUCCCCAUGAGCCAGUUUGUGUAUUCACUGCUUGUGCAAGAUUUAACGAAAGGCCAGUCAAUUUGAUGAGCUAUGAGCUACAAACCUCAAUGCAGUCAGAAAUUUAUUUGUUAGUCGUAGAGUUACACCCCUAGACAUAAUUACUUGGGACACUUUUCCAGAACAACGCGUACGAUGUUCUCCUGCUUCCUUUCCCCUUAAAAUAUUUUCAAUUGCAAAUGGUUCCAUGGCAUCUUGCGGAACAACUUUGAGAGUAACAGGAAAGGAAGUAAAUGUCCUAAAACGUGUGUCUGGAGAUGUAGCAAGUUCGUUUAGGCAUGCUAAUCAAAGGGCUUUUAAUUUAUUGAAAAACGUACAGGACGCACGUGGUACAGACAGCAUCUCGACUUUUUUUAGUUCUUUCUUAAUACCAUAAUAUAGGCUAUGUAAUUGGCGCAGGUAAGUAAAUCCCAAAUUAUCAUUUCAGAUUAUCAUCAGCCAAUCGCAAACUUCAUAAACAAUGUGAGAAGCAUAAACACAGGAUUAUGUUAAAAACGUUUUUUUUUUUUUUUAAGGUUGGUUCAAUGACCACAUCAGAGCACGUUGAAUGUCGUAGUAAUCACUUAACGUGGUUUGGAAGCCGUGUUUUCGUUCCUCCCAAUAAACUUGACCUGGAUAUCAUAGCCAGCAGAAUAUCAGACCCCUCAAACUAUGCCCCAGUCCUUUCUGUGCUCUGUGUCACGUUUGGUUUGUACUUCUUGGUUUUCAUCUGGGCUCGUCGCCAGGAUCGUAAAGAUAAAAAUAAGGUAUUGGUAGAGGAUAGAAAAUUGAAUCAACUUUUUUGUGUGAAGCUUCUUUAGAAGAGUGCUAUCAAAUGGAAAUCGUUUCCUUUAGCUUCAUAGCAAUCACCGCUGGUUGUUAGAAACAGAUGAUCGAGUAAGCUAAAAUUUUUUGGCAUAAGGAUGUACUUUUCACGAAAAUGCGUCACUUAGGCACAAGGGACAUCUGUCGAUAGGUAACAAAUAAACAUAAUAUUCAGCGCGUCAAAUUACGAUAUUUUAUCCGUUAGCCCCAGCCAACGUGUCGAAACGUGUUAGUGUCCUGCAGAUAAGGGGAUGGGCUGAAUCAAGCAGGUAUUAGAGUUUCAUCGUUUCCAUCAUUACUCCUACAGACAGGCUUAACUUUGAGCCCGAGCAACAGACCAGGAGACACACACGCCUACGAGGUUGUCAUUUGUACUGGCAUGCGCAGACACGCUGGAACAACUGCUAACGUUGCCAUGACUUUAACAGGAGAAAAAGGCGAAAGUCAUGCAUUUCUGCUUAAGAGCAGUCACCGAGUGACGUUGGCUCGAGGUUGCAUCGACUCGUUUCUUCUAACGACCCCAGAGACCCUCGGCGAGCUUUCGUAUAUCCGGAUGUGGCACGAUAACUUCGGUAAGGAUCCGGCUUGGUUCGUAAAGCAGAUAUCCAUACGUGAGGUUGACACUGAUGGAAUCUGGCACUUCGUAUGUGAACGUUGGCUUGCAGUAGACGAAGGUGAUGGUAUGAUUGAUAGAAUAUUUCCAGUAACAAGUAACAAGGAGUUAAAGGAGUUUCGACGUUUGUUUCUGACUAAAGCUUACAAUGACCUUACUGACUCGCACCUGUGGUUUUCGGUUGUGUGGCGGCCCGUCCAGUCCCCUUUCACACGGGUUCAGCGCGUGUCUUGCUGUCUGUCCGUUCUAUUGUGUACCAUGAUGGCCAACGCCUUGUGGUACGAGAGGGAAAGUGGCCGUUACAAUGCUGUCCAGUUCGGUCCUUUUGAAUUUUCAUGGGAGCAAGUUUCCAUUGGAAUAUGCAGCAGUCUUAUUGUGUUUCCAAUCAAUUUACUUUUGGUGCAGAUUUUCAGACACAGCCGCCCGAAGCCUACACAAAAUCAUUGCUGCUUAAGGCCAAAACCCAGACCACGAUUCUCGUCUAUUCAAACGGAAAUCACUACAGUGAAAUUUGGAUCUGGGGAAGGCUCUGCGCUUUGUAUCCAUUCCGCUAGUCAAUACCAAAGUGUAAGAAAAUGCACUUCUCAGGAAUCACCAAAAUACGAAGAUAAAGGAUUUAGCCUGGCAUCUGCUCUACGUUCUGCUCAUUUUCCUGCUCUUUCAAUAUCUUUAGCAACAGAGACUCCUCCUGAUUCAACCUCUGAUUUAAGAUCUCUGCUAACAAGAUACUCUCCAUCUCGGCAGUCACCCACAAACGACCCUGAGAAGUCGUCGAAUGCACCGAUUGCGGAACACCCUUCCCAUAAGAAAGGACUGCCUUGGUGGUUUGUCUAUAUUGGAUGGUUUUUGGUUAUAUUAACCUCUCUAACUGCUGCAUCGGUAACAUUGUUGUACGGGAUCCAGUUUGGUCUCAAGAAAUCCACACAAUGGCUUCUAUCCAUGUUCUUUUCGCUCACACAAGAUAUUUUUGUGAGCCAGCCGCUCAAAGUUGUCGCUUUCGCUUUAUUUUUCGCGUAUAUCUUUAAAAAGCCCAGCAAAGUCGCAUUUUCGCCAAAAUCACAACUCAAAUUUGAUGAAGAACUGUUGCAGAGGCAGCUUCAGGGUUUGGAAGAGGACUUCGAGGAACGCACCGAGGCCCCUCCUAUCAAGGUGCCGACAGAAGACACUAUCAGGCGUGCCCGAGACAGGGCACAAAAAGAACGCAUGAUGCACGCUAUAUUGCUUGAUAUAGGGACUUUUCUCGUAUUCACAUUACUUGUUCUUCUCAUUGCCUAUGGCUUCAGAGAUCAAAGCGCUUUUCGUCAGAAUGACGCUGUCGCCAAAGUUCUACUACAACAAAAAUUUAGUGAGGAACCAGGGGGGUUUAAGCCGCAGAGAUUCGCUCAGGUAAGUUUCGAUUUGUCCUUUUUAUCAAGGGCCUUACUUUGAAUUAAACAUAUCUAAAACUAUUUUGUCUUCCUCAAUAGAAAAAUUCCCUUUAGUCAAUUUUUGUCAACUUCUUUUUGUUCCGAGCAGUUAAUUUUAUUUCACUCCACCUUCGGAGUGAGUUUUCAAAUCUAAAAUAUGAAUGAAUUAAGGAUUAUGAGGCCUACUUUGCUAUAGAUCAAGCGCUUGGGAGCCUUUGUUCAAUCAGUUAUUGACUGACUAAUGACCACUUCAAUGCCACUUCAACGUAAGACGCAACAAGCUGCAGCAAAAUGUACUGUUACGUAUUGAUAGCCUUGCUUUAGGCAGAAUUAAAUUUCUCAUGCUGGGUUUGUCUACAACGUCUAACCUUCAAUUGCGCUUUCACAGUAGCCAGCUGGUAAUCGUGUUACGUUGACACUGUUAUAUCUCCUCUCAAUUCUCAUAACCUUGUAAGAAAAUUUAGUAAACCUUUUAGAGUCUUGCUUUUUCCUUUCCAAAUAUUCGCGGUAUUGACAUCGACUACAAAAACCAUUCACGUUCCAAUUUUUUCAGCUUUAGAUGAAGUCACAUUGUGCAGCAGAUCGUUCCAGCUCUUGACCUGAUCCGGUUAUUUUCGGUGCAAAAUCAACUGAGUUACAAUGUUUUUAACAAAUUUAUUUUUCCUAUUGUCUUUAUAUAGAUCAUUCGACAGAGAGAUAUGUGGGAUUGGGCGGAGCUCGCAAUGCUUCCUACACUGUACAACUUGCCAUCGUACUUCUACACCGGAAAAGCUCCGACGUUUAUGGAAGGAGAAAGCGGAUUUGUGGUGGGUGUGGCUAGGUUGCGACAGCACAGGGCAAAGAAAGGUGAGAAGAGAAAUAUAAAGAUAAUAGUUUUUUCCUCAUAGAUGUAUACAAAAUAAUUUCUCGACAUUUUUUCGGUUAAAAUUUUUGCGUAGCUCUAGAAAUGGAGAACAUCAUAAUAUUUAUUAGUGAUUCUUCAUUCAUGGAUCUUACUAAAGCCUUAACAACUCGAGCUAAUCUUGCAAUGUUACACCGUCCAGUUUAAUACCAUCUCUCGUUUCCUUUAUUCCUCAUUGAAACUAAUGAGUACGAAACAACUUUACGAAGGGAUUUCAAUUCCCUUAACUCUCUCCUAAGCCCUCUAUUGAUGUUUCUCUCUCUCAUACUUAGAUUCUUGUCUUGUGGUGCCCCAAGUACAGAAUUUCUUCUCAAGGUGCUCCUCACAGUAUGGAAUGACUACAGAGGAAGAACAAGCUUACACCAUUGGCUGGGAGUCACCCUCAAACAACUCUAAGACUUCGCUACUGGGUCCCUGGAGAUACAGCUCUGCCAGCGACUUAGAUGGCUACCCUUACACGGGUGGUGUAAAAACAUACUCGGGAGGGGGAUAUGUGUUGGAACUGUCUCACAUCUAUUACAAAGCCUUGCGACAGAUCAAGGAUUCCAGGGCUGCGCUCUGGUUGGACCGCCAUACACGAAGCAUAUUCAUCGAGUUUACACUCUACAACCCAAAUAGCAACUUGUUCUGUGCGGUAACGUUUCUGAUGGAGGUAUUUCCAACAGGAGGAGUUUUCCCACAUUCAGAGGUCCUUGCCUACCGCCUCUACCGUUACGUCGGUGAUUUUCAAUUGUUUAUUCUCGCCUGUGAAGUCUUUUUCUUGAUAUUUGUAAUUUACUUCACAUACCGAGAGGCUAAAAAGAUUUACAAGACAAAGGGAAGGUACUUCACAGAGGUGUGGAAUUUGAUGGACCUUGCUGUAAUGAUUCUCUGCUGGAUCGCUCUGUCGUUUUAUUUCAUCUGUCUGGGAUUGAGGAAGUGGACUUUGCAUCUUUAUCGCCAAAAUCUCACCAAGUUCAUUAGUUUCCAGUACCUUUCAGCUUGGCAGCUUAUGUUCGAAAACGUGGUUGGUGUAACUGUGUUUGUCAUUUGUCUCAAAUUUAUCAAACUGUUGAAAUUCAACCGGAGAAUAUUUCUUCUUUCCUGUACAUUGCGACAUGCAAGCAGAGAACUCUUGCAAUACUUUAUCGUGUUGAUCAUUGUCUUUCUGGCAUUUUCGCAGCUUUAUCAUUUUCUUUUUGCAAGCAACUACGACUCUUUCAGCACGCUGAUUGGCUCCAUGCAGAAACUUCUCAGCGUCCUCUUGGGACAAUUUGACUUUGAAGAAAUGAUGGGAUUGCACAAGAUUCUUUGCGCGCUGAUUUUCUUUCUCUACACCAUCUUGACCAAUUUCUUGUUUCUAAACCUUCUCAUUGCCAUCAUAAUUGAAUCUUUCGAAGUAGUAAAACGGCAAAAUGACCAAAUGCAGAACGAAUUUGAGAUGCUGGAAUUUAUCAUGAUGCACUUCAGAGACCUCUUAGGCAUACGGGCACUGAACAGAGCUACUAAGGAAUCGCAGUUCGCGUUUUCUAACAAGGCCAUGAACAGACCACUGUAUGUGAGUAAGAGGAAACGUACAGAAAGGAAAGAGAGUGCUAAGCGGCUCGAGAAAGCCUUAGACAGACUGGCAUGUUACGUGAAUGUGAUCAACGAUAUCGAGAAUGAAGAUGACUUGCUUUGCUGUUACAUAUCCCGGAGAAUUCGUCAUAACUCUUUAAAAAAGGCAAAAACUGCUGAUUCUCGUUUAUGA